UGUUCAGGGAAAAGAGAAACUGAAGUGUUGUUGAGCUCCUGUGUGUCUCUCUCUCUGUAUUCAUUAAGUAAAAUGACAGAAGCCAGAUUUUCUCAGGAUGAGUUAGUGUGUGCAGUGUGUCUGGAUCUCCCGAAGGAGCCAGUGAGCAUCCAGUGUGGACACAGUUACUGUAUGAACUGUAUUACAGACUUCUGGGAUCUCGAGGAUCAGAAGAGAGUCUACAGCUGCCCUCAGUGCAGACAGAGCUUCAGUCAGAGACCUGCUUUAGCUAAAAACACCAUGCUGGCUGAAGUGGUGGAGAAACUGAAGAAGACCAAACUCUCUGCUGACUGUUACGCUGGAGCUGGAGAUGUGCAGUGUGACGUCUGUACUGGAAGAAAAUACAAAGCCGUCAGGUCCUGUCUGAUGUGUCUGAACUCUUACUGUCAGAAUCACCUCGAACAACACGAGAGUUUUUUCAAAGGAAAGAGACACAAUUUGACUGAAGCCACUGGACGACUGCAGGAGAUGAUCUGCCAUGAACAUGAUAAACAUCUGGAAAUGUACUGUAUUACGGACCAACGGUGCAUUUGUGUGCUGUGUGCAAAAUAUGAGCAUGAAAACCACAACACUGUAUCAGCUGCAGCACAGAGGACGGAAAAACAGCACCAGCUGAAGGAGACGCGGAGGUCGCUCCAGCAGAGAAUCCAGCAGAGAGAGAAAGAUCUUCAGCAGCUGAGAGAGGAUGUGGAGUCUCGUAAGCGCUCUGCACAGACAGCAGUGGAGGAAAGUGAGAGGAUCUGUACUGAGCUCAUCCGCUCCAUUGAGAGGAGCCGCUCUGAGGUCACACAGAUGAUCAGAGAUCAGGAGAAGACGGCAGUGAGUCGAGCUGAAGGACGACUGGAGCGACUGGAGCAGGAGAUCAAUGAUCUGAGGAGGAGAGACGCUGAGCUGGAGCAGCUUUCACACACACAGGAUCACAUCCAGUUCCUGCAGAGUUUCCAGUCUCUCUCAGCUCCUCCUGAAUCUACAGACGUAAAUGACGAUCUCUUCAGUUCUCUCGUCUCUUCUGAUGCUCUGAGAGAAUCUGUUCAUCAGCUGAGAGACAGACUGGAGGAUUUCUGCAAAGAGCCGCUCCAGAAGAUCUCAUUUUUCAAAGGAAAGAGACACAAUUUGACUGAAGCCACUGGACGACUGCAGGAGAUGAUCUGCCAUGAACAUGAUAAACAUCUGGAAAUGUACUGUAUUACGGACCAACGGUGCAUUUGUGUGCUGUGUGCAAAAUAUGAGCAUGAAAACCACAACACUGUAUCAGCUGCAGCACAGAGGACGGAAAAACAGCACCAGCUGAAGGAGACACAGAGAAGGUUCCAGCAGAGACUCCAGCAGAGAGAGAAAGAUCUUCAGCAGCUGAGAGAGGAUGUGGAGUCUCGUAAGCGCUCUGCACAGACAGCAGUGGAGGACAGUGAGAGGAUCUGUACUGAGCUCAUCCGCUCCAUUGAGAGCAGCCGCUCUGAGGUCACACAGAUGAUCAGAGAUCAGGAGAAGACGGCAGUGAGUCGAGCUGAAGGACGACUGGAGCGACUGGAGCAGGAGAUCAAUGAUCUGAGGAGGAGAGACGCUGAGCUGGAGCAGCUUUCACACACACAGGAUCACAUCCAGUUCCUGCAGAGUUUCCAGUCUCUCUCAGCUCCUCCUGAAUCUACAGACGUAAAUGACGAUCUCUUCAGUUCUCUCGUCUCUUCUGAUGCUCUGAGAGAAUCUGUUCAUCAGCUGAGAGACAGACUGGAGGAUUUCUGCAAAGAGGAGCUCAAGAAGAUCUCAGACAGAGAAACACUCACCAACGUUGCUCCCAGAACCAGGAACGACUUCCUACGAUACUCCCGUCGGCUCUCUCUGGAUCCGAACACAGUGAAUGAAUACCUCCGUCUGUCGGAGAGCAACAGCGUGAUUACUUACACUUACACAGAACAGCCGUACCCUGAUCAUCCAGACAGAUUUGAUGUGUUUCAGGUGUUGUGUAGAGAGAGUGUGUGUGGACGCUGUUACUGGGAGAUCGAGUGGAGUGGGAGUGUGUUGAUAUCAGUGUCCUACAAGAGCCUCAGCACAAAGGGAUUGGGUAAUGAGAGUGUGUUUGGAUAUAACGACCAGUCCUGGAGUUUGUCCUGCUCUCCUUCCAGAUGCUCAUUCAUUCACAAUAACAUAGUGACUAAACUCCCUGCAGUAUCCAGCAGUAGAAUAGGAGUGUUUGUGGAUCUCAGUGCAGGAACUCUGUCCUUCUACAGCGUCUCUGACACAAUGAGUCUCAUCCACACAGUCCAGACCGCAUUCACUCAGACGCUCUAUCCUGGGUUUCUUGUUGAUUAUGGCUCAUCAGUGAAACUGUGCUGAUGAAUCAGAAGAGAUUGUAGAGUAAUUCUACCCGUAAUGCUUUGAGCUGCAUGAUCAGUAACAGAGUAUCUUAUUUUCUCUUUAAAAAAAAUUAACUGGACAUAAAUAAACAGUGUCCUACCUCACUGGAACCAACCCAAGUCACACAAAAGCAUAAAUAACUGUUAAAUGGAGGACGCAAUACAACUACUCAAUUAAAACCAGUGGUGGACGA